AUGUCCUUUUUCGUGCUUGAUGACUCGACUGCGGAGGCGAAGAUGCCAAUUCUCCUGACGAGAGUUGAUCGCAACCUGCGAAUGCCGUACGGCUCCGGUCCACAUCCGUACUCAGGGUUCAUCAUCGGUGGAGUGUUAGACCGUGCAGCCUGCAUAAUGCACCUCUUCGUCUGCGAAAUUACCGUCUCACAGCUGUGCCUGGGUAGUACUCGUAGUAUCGCACUGAUAGUCCUUCAAGCCAUGAAGGAGGCUGAGACAUUCAAUACUGUAUCUUAUGAGCAACUUCAAACGAUUAUUUCAGAUCUUGCGUUAGCAUACCGGCUCACGCAAGGGUCAGUGUUGUUGCAGGUGUUGAGGACGUGGCACGCUAGAGGCAAUCUUGGAGCGGCAAUCAUUUCGGUGGACGGCUACGCGGAAAGAGCCAACGACAAAAAGCCCUGGCACCUGGCGUCCGGUCGUCAGGUCCCGGCCGAGCAGAUCGAUUGCACCGGUCUCCCACGCCGGCCCUCAGAAAACCACGCUUGCUGCUGUAUCCCAGAUUUCUUCGAUGCGGCUGUAAGGAUUAGCAUGACUGCCUUGCAGAUGGUCAUGUGUAGCUUGUUUUACAGUGGAAGAAGGGUCUGA